AUGGAACAAUUACUGGAACGCCUGGAACAGUUACUGGAAGGCCUGGAACUGUUACUGGAAGGCCUGGAACUGUUACUGGAAGGCCUGGAACUGUUACUGGAAGGCCUGGAACUGUUACUGGAAGCCCUGGAACAGUUACUGGAAGGCCUGGAACUGUUACUGGAUAGCCUGGAACUGUUACUGGAAGGCCUGGAACAGUUUCUGGAAGGCCUGGAACAGUUACUGGAAGGCCUGGAACAGUUACUGGAAGGCCUGGAACUAUUACUGGAACGCCUGGAACAGACACUGGAAGGCCUGGAACUGUUACUGGAACACCUGGAACUGUUACUGGAACACCUGGAACUGUUACUGGAACACCUGGAACAGUUACUGGAACACCUGGAACUGUUACUGGAACACCUGGAACUGUUACUGGAACACUUGGAACAGUUACUGGAACACCUGGAACGCCUGGAACACCUGGAACUGUUACUGGAACGCCUGGAACAGUUAAUGGAACACAUGGAACAGUUACUGGAACACCUGGAACUGAUACUGGAACACCUGGAACAGUUACUGGAAGGCCUGGAACAGUUUCUGGAACACCUGGAACAGUUACUGGAACACCUGAAAGUUACUGGAACACCUGGAACAGGUACUGAAACAUCUAGAACAGUUACUGGAACACCUGGAACUGAUACUGGAACACCUGGAACAGUUACUGGAAGGCCUGAAACAGUUUCUGUAACACCAGGAACAGUUACUGGAACACCUGGAACAGUUACUGGAACACCUGGAACAGUUACUGGAACACCUGGAACAGUUACUGGAACACCUGGAACAGUUACUGGAACACCUGGAACUGUUACUGGAACGCCUGGAACAGUUACUGGAAGGCCUGGAACUGUUACUGGAAGGCCUGGAACUGUUACUGGAAGGCCUGGAACAGUUACUGGAAGGCCUGGAACUGUUACUUGA